AUGCGGCAACUUAAAAAAACACAGUACAGUGGUUCAAAUUCUCCUCUCUAUACUUCAAUAUGCCCAAUAGUUUAUGCAGCCCGCAUGUUUGGACUAGCACCUUAUGAAUUUAAGGAUAAUAAACUAGUACCGUCAGAUACUUAUGUGAGUUUUACAUUUUUUUGGUUCAUUGUCUACACGUACUUCAUCUGGGGCUAUCUUGAAGGCUUUUCAAGUUCCAAACAAAACAAAAAAGCAACUCUUACGUACACGGAAUCAGCAAAAACUGUAUCAAAUUACAUCGUAGCAAUAACAGAUUUAAUAGUAUGUAUGGUUACAAGAAAACAAAUUGCAUGGAUAUGGAACAAAAUCCAAGACUAUGACCAAGCGAUGCGAGAUCUUGGACACGCAAGAACUGAAAAAAAAGCCUGCAUGUUGGCAUGGUUUAUAAUAGGAUUCAACAUAGUACUUUGGGCAGUUAUAAACAAUUUAGGAAUGACUGCAUUCGACGAAAGUUUUCUUUAUAAUGCAUCAUACUUGAUAGUGUAUGUUGGAGCUGCCACUGCGGUUACUAAAUUUUCGGGACUGGUACUAAUACUAGGCCAACGGUUCAAGCAAUUAAACGAAAUCGCUAAAAGCAAUGUCUACAAGACGCGAUGGAUCCACGCAGACCCAAUUAUUGACGACAAACUCGUUGAUUUUCUUCACAGUGAACUUACUACCAUUGGAAAUAAGCUCAACUAUGUGUACAGAUGGUCGUUAAUACUUUGGCUGGGAAACUUAAGUUUUCACAGUGUUUGUUGUUCUUAUUUUGUAAUGGAUUGGGUACUACAAGGAAACAUUUAUCCGGAUCUUAUUAAUUGUCUUCUUGCUUGGUUUGCAUCUACAGUCACUCAACUUUUUUUAAUCGAUUACUCAUGCCAUUAUACGUCGAGUGAAGCAAACUGCAUGAGCUACAUAAUGCUAGGAUGGAAACGUUGGCUUUAUACCCACGACAGUAAAAUGGAUGUGGAAACCUCGGUACAUCUGAUGAAUCGUCAACUACACUUUUCUGCUGGGGGAUGCUUUCAUAUUAAUUUACCGCUAUUUCAUUCG